CUUUACGAGACCAUGGGCAGAUCAGCCUCCUUGGUGGAUUUAUAUUGUGUAUAUGGCUGGAGAGACGUCAGUUGUAUGCAGAUCGAGGCGGAGGAUGAGGUGGGAUGUUGCCUGCAGGAGGAAAGUUAACGUUAUUUAUGUACGAUCCAGAGGCUUGGCGGACAAUGGCCAGAAACGGCAACUUUCGACAUCCUCACAAAGAACACCGCAGACAAUACAAGCUAGAGGACCAUACUUACAAGCUCGCUGUUUAACCAGCAGUAUAUCUACGACUAGCUCAGCUAUCUAAAGCACCCAGAGAUAAGCUGGACACUUCAGAACGCCAUUACCACACCUCCAGAGCUCAAAGAUGCUACAAUACACAGCCACGCCUGUAGAGGCAGCUCCUGCACCCGCAGCGGGACCAGCACCACCAACAAGGACAAACGCAGAGAUCAACCUUUCGGUUCUCCGACGACACAACCCAUCCAUAUCCUCCAUCCUCUCCCUCGCCCAAUACGCAGUCAUCUACCAUUUCAACGCAACAACACAGCUAUGGGAGAAGAUCGGAGUGGAGGGGACAUUAUUUGUCUGCCAACUUACCCCAGGCGAACUAGGCGAGGACAGAUACAGCGUGUUCCUACUAAACCGGCGAGGAAUGAAUAACUUCGACGUCAAGCUUUCGACCGGAGACGACAUUAAGAUCACGGAGGACUACGUUAUUUUGAAAGUGGACGAGCAGGACGACAGCGCUCCCCAGACACCCGAGAAAGGUGCAGUGAUGACUUCACCUGGUAUAAAGGCAAUGAUAUAUGGCAUUUGGAUCUUUUCGGAACCGCCUCCGAGCUCGACUGCAGAUGCAAGGACGCUGAAUGCACAGGUUAUUAAGGAAUGCGCGGUAUAUGCGGGGGAGAGCAGGAAGGCUGCGGAGGAACGACUGGCUGCGGAAAGAAGGCAGGCUGCUGCGCAGGGUAGUUAUUAUCCUAGUGAUACGGGUGAUGGGGAAGAUUUGCAGGGCGGAAUACCCAUGGGCAGACAGAUUUCGCUCAAGGAGCUGUUUGGACAGCAGAGAGCGCAGGAUGAUGAGUGGAGUGUCAAGGUGCAUAGUCCUGGCGCCGAGAAUGAAGGGCCGCAACACACAUCGUUCCCUCUACCUCCUCAUCAGCCUGCGCCUCCACUUCCCCAGCAACACGGAGGAUGGAACCAGACAAUGCCGUUUCCUUCGGGCGGGAAUAAUGUGUUGGGAGAACUAUUCCGCAGCGCCAGUAUGAACUACCAGAGAGGAAAUAACAGCUAG